AUGUCCGAUCUACCAGCGCCAUCAACAGAGAACAAUGAACAACAAGAACCAAGUCCAAUUGAUAGAAGGCUUGCUGAAGGUCGCAGUUUUAACGAUGGAAACUGGAGUAGCUAUGAUUUGAAGCAUCUUUUCGAUGGCAUUGUUAAAUACGGAACUCAACCACGGGCAAUUCGCUAUUUAGCGAAAAAUGUUCUCCAGGGUCACACCGAGGAUGAGCUCAAAGUUAAAAUUUUCGAAAUUAGGGAUUUAGCAAAUGAAAACAAAGACGAUUGUCGCGAGUAUUAUAAAGGAAUAUGGCAGGAAAAGGGUUUUCUCGAAAUAAACGCGGAGCCAGUAACGGGACCAUUUAAAGACUUGACAUGGGGAAAGGCGAUAGCGAUGAUUAAUAAGAACAACCACAAAUCGCUGACAAGGUUCCGGAACCCAGUGCGAGACACAAUCGAGAGUGAUCUGUUAUUAUGCGCAGAAGCUGCCGAGACCCAACAAAACGUCAAAAUCACUGAUUUGAAAACGGCGCGAGCGAGUGUGGAUGCGAGACAAGAUAUCAAUUGGGAGAAUAUUUAUAAAUUCGUUGAAGCUUGUAUUUCGCUUCAAAGUAGGCUGCCCCCUUUGAACGAGUUAGAAGCCGCCAUUGUGAUACAGGUUAUGGAUGCUAUUGAAGAUGAAGCUUCUCAAAUUAGCAAAGAAGAUCGAUCUACUCUGUGCGGGAUGUUCAGCGACAUUCAGAAUCUCGAUCUUCGGGCAUUCGAACCCGACACUCCGUGCAAUACCGACUCUGCCGUUCAGGCUCAUCUUGAUCCGUUGAGAACCCGCCUUUUCGGAGUGCCGCUCGUCGCCGCCGAUCACACUACUCAUAAAAUGACAGUUGAUAAUGGUCAGAAUGGUUUAUUAAAUGAGCAAGGCGACCCGCAAUGA